CGUCGAUAUAACCAGGUGAAAGCCAAACGGUACUUAUUUUCUUAAACUGAUUGGCUUUGCGUAAUGUGUCCCAUUCACGACUGAAUGAAAGGGGGACUCAGUGUGUAUUUAUUUACAGUCGGUUUUCCGAGUCAUCAAUCUUCAACCGCUUAUUUGACCUGUCAUGUCGCUCGUUUUACUGUUAUCACCAGAUUCACCGGGGGCACAGUUGGUUUGAUGCGCGCCUCUCCAUCAUGGAGCCACCAGAGUUGAUUUCACACAUGAAUGGGCGGCAGAGAAAGCCGACAGCCGCAAACCUGGAAUCUCAGAACCUCAGGGACGACAGAGGACAAGCCAUGACCCUCGUCCCAAGAGUGGAUGAGGAAACUGAGGGUCUUCUCCAGAGGCCGGAUUCUGAAAACGACAGACAUCCCAGAGUCCGGCCAGGGAUCAGUAACGAGUUAGGGAAUAUUUUGCUCCUUCUUUUCCUCUAUGUGCUCCAAGGGAUUCCUCUUGGACUGGCUGGCAGCAUCCCUCUGAUAAUGCAGAGUAAGCAUGUUAGCUAUAAGGACCAGGCCUUCUUCAGCUUUGUCUUCUGGCCCUUCAGUCUCAAGCUUCUGUGGGCACCGCUGGUGGAUGCCCUGUAUCUCAACAAUUUUGGGAGGAGGAAAUCAUGGUUAGUUCCCACCCAGUACAUGCUGGGUCUCUUCAUGCUCUACCUCUCUCUAACCGUUGACUCCCUGCUACAGUCUGAAGGUGGACGAGGACCUGAUGUAUUGACAAUCACUGCCGUUUUUUUUAUGCUUGCCUUCUUGGCAGCAACACAGGACAUUGCCGUGGAUGGCUGGGCCCUGACUAUGUUGUCCAGGGAGAAUGUGGGCUAUGCCUCCACAUGUAAUUCUGUUGGCCAGACAGCAGGGUACUUUCUGGGAAAUGUGCUCUUCCUGGCAUUGGAGUCUGCAAACUUCUGCAACAAAUACCUUAGAAAAGAGCCCAAAGACACUGGUAUUGUCACACUGUCAGACUUCUUGUCCUUUUGGGGUGUGGUAUUCCUUGUUUCCACAACCCUGGUGGCCAUCUUUAAAAGGGAGAAUAGAUAUAGCCAAGAAAAGAAGCGAGACCAGGAGGAAACGCAGGGGGUCAUGGAAACCUAUAAACUCCUUUUCUCUAUCAUCAAGAUGCCCACAGUUUUCACUUUCUGUGGCCUCCUCCUCACUGCUAAGAUUGGCUUCUCGGCGGCAGAUGCAGUGACAGGUCUGAAGCUUGUGGAGGCAGGCGUUCCCAAAGAACAGUUAGCAUUAUUGGCCGUGCCCAUGGUGCCCCUGCAGAUCCUCCUGCCCCUUGUCAUCAGCAAAUACACAGCAGGACCCAGACCUCUGGAUGUUUUCUACAAGGCCUUCCCCUUUAGGUUGUUAAUAGGGCUGGAGUAUGCCCUGUUGGUGUGGUGGACCCCCAGCUUGAAACAGGAUGGGGGAUUCCCGGUUUACUAUUAUGCUAUUGUGUUGCUUAGCUACGCACUACACCAGGUAGCCCUGUACAGCAUGUAUGUGGCCUGCAUGGCCUUCCAUGCCAAAGUGAGUGACCCAUUAAUAGGGGGCACAUACAUGACGCUGCUGAACACAGUCACUAACCUCGGGGGCAACUGGCCUUCCACUGUAGCUCUGUGGAUGGUGGAUCCGCUCACCUCCAAGGAAUGCCAGGGGGCUGUUGGACAGAGCUGUGACUCGCCAGACGAUGCAGGGCUGUGUGCUAAAGAGGGUGGUGUCUGCAUAACGUCAUUGGAUGGCUACUAUGUGGAGUCCAUCGUAUGUGUUCUUAUUGGCUUAGCCUGGUGGGUGUGGCUUGGAAAGAAGAUGAAGCGGCUACAGGACCAGAGCCCAGCUGCCUGGAGGUGUCAAAUCAGCCAAUGACAACGUUCUGUCAUUGGUAACACAAACUGUCAUUGGUGCACCACAGCAAAUAUUGCCCCAAAAUUAGUUAAGUGCUGGCCGUUAUGUCAUCCACGCAUGGGGUUCAUUCUCUCACCCCAACUGUGGCUGCUGAGUGCUCGGGUUCACAAUCGUACUUUUAGCAACAUGGAACAUUAGUAAAGAAAUACCUGUCUCCCUCCUUUUGUGGAAGUAAAGAGAUGCAAAAUCCUUCUCAUAAUAUAUAUCACAUGAACAUUGUACCUUUGGAAACAUAAAGAACCGUUUAGGCUUACUAGAUUUAUUUUCGACAUUUGGAAGAUGCUACUUUUUUUGUUCUCAAACUAUUCCACGCAGCCGGAAAUAGUCUGACCACAUUAGAUGCGAGUCGAAUAGUAUUUGCAAACCAUUCUUUGCACACAGUUUAAACUUUUUGCAACAUCAGGCUGUAAAAACAGUUUAGCUGAUGAGGUCACAGGAGAAUAUUAAAAGUGGAAGUUAAUUAAUUACAAAUACUGUGUUACUCUGGUCUGAACUGAAGCUUUGAUUCCUUUUCCUCAAGUUUUGUGCCUUGUUGUUCUCUUCAAAGGCUCCAGUCUUUGAAAGGACAUUCAGCAACAAUCACUCAAAACUACAUUUUUCAUCUAUUGUAGGUAAAGUAACCAGGGUUAGGAAGAAUACUUUAUGGCAUCACUGAGUUAAUGCAAACUCUUUUUGCAAAUAAUAGUCAAUAGCAUA